CCAUUGAGACACCCGAGCUGAGUGGUUCGCAGCAGAACACUCUUUCCACAGUCGUCGACUGGCAGUCUCUGUGAGCAGUUCACUCAGUGAUCAUAUAUAGUGUUAACUCGUGACUUCGAGCGAAAGACUUGCAAGGAUGAAAUUCGAAUUGCCGUACGUGGCCAACGUGCCGAGUGAAGAGUACCAGACAGUGAUUGUGAAGCAGGGCCCGACGCCACCGCCGCAGGCCGAGCCCGUGUCACGCACGUAUCAGUACCGGAAGGUGAUGAAGCCGAUGUUGGAGCGCAAGCGACGCGCCAGGAUCAACCGGUGCCUGGAUGAGUUGAAGGACCUCAUGGUCACGGCGCUUCAGUCCGAGGGUGAGAACGUGUCCAAGCUGGAGAAAGCGGACAUCCUGGAGCUCACAGUGCGUCAUCUGCACAAGCUCCGACGGCAACAGCGCCUCUGUGCCAAUCCCGUGAUCGACUCAGACCGCUUCCGUGCGGGCUUUACGCACGCCGCCAACGAGGUGUCGCGCUGCCUCGCCUCCACACCCGGCGUGGACGUCGGCCUGGGCACGAAGCUGAUGACCCACCUGGGACACCGCCUCAACGAACUGGACAAGAUCCAGCCGCUGUCCAUCCACGUCAGCCAGCCGCCCUACACGCCGCCCUCGUCGCCGUCGGCCUCCGUGUGCAGCAGUGAGACCGGCCCACACUACACCAUGCCACUCACGCCCGCGUCCUCGCGCUCCUGCCGCUCGCCAUCACCACGCACCGAGACUCUGGUGCAGGGCAACACGGCGGGCCUGCUCAGAGUCGUGCCGGCUCUGCAGGCCGCCGCCGGAGGCGAAGUCUGGCGACCCUGGUGAAGGACAUUCGCGGCAAAAUCCCAGUGCAAACAGAAUCAAUUCCAAAAGAUUGAUCCACCGAUUUCUGUUGUUUACAUCAACGUGUAAAACUAUUUAAUUAGUAGGUAAAUCACUCCAAGACUCAUCAGUUAAAAUCUUCUGCUAGAGUACAAAUAAGCAAUUUUUGUUCUUCCAAAUUAAUUUUGUUUUUUUUUUCACAAUGAUGAGCAAUUGUAUCUCAGUGAAUUUCUUGAAUUUGACAAGCGAUUUCUCUUAGCAUUUUCACAGCCCCAAAAAUACGGGCGACAAUCAAUGAGCUUUAACUAGGAUUGUAAGAGAUUUGUGAUAUCAAAAGAAGAUGACAUGAUUAAGAAAAUGAAAAUAUGAUUGAUUUGAAAAAAGGAAAAAAACUACGUCUUUCACUUCC